CAGGCCGUGGGGGUCCCGCCUCCAUCCGCUUCCAGGCGGGAUUUCUCCAUCCCCCCGCUGGAUUCCGCUCCCUGUGGGGCUGCGGGCCUGAGGGAGAGGCCGAGGCACGGUGCCAGUGUCGAUCCCUCUCGGUGUAUGUGUGGUAACAACAUGUCUGUCCCCCUCCUCGCCGACGCUGUCACCGUGUCAGGGGCAGAGCGGGAGACUGCCGCGGUCAUUUUCCUACAUGGCCUUGGAGACACGGGGCACAGCUGGGCCGACGCUCUCUCCUCCAUCCGCCUCCCCUACGUCAAGUACAUCUGCCCUCACGCGCCCCGGAUCCCUGUGACCCUCAACAUGAAGAUGGUCAUGCCCUCCUGGUUUGACCUGAUGGGAUUGACUCCAGAUGCACCUGAGGAUGAAGCUGGGAUCAAGAAAGCAGCAGAAAACAUUAAAGCAAUCAUUGAGCAUGAGAUGAAGAACGGGAUCCCCCCCAACCGCAUCAUCCUGGGGGGCUUCUCACAGGGUGGUGCCCUGUCGCUGUACACGGCUCUGACCUGCCAGCACCAGCUGGCUGGGAUCGUGGCUCUCAGCUGCUGGCUGCCUCUGCACAAGGCCUUCCCACAGGCGGCGAACAACGGCGUGAACAAGGACAUUGCCAUCCUGCAGUGCCACGGGGAGAUGGACCCCAUGAUCCCCGUGCGCUUCGGGGCCCUCACUGCCGAGAAGCUCAAGUCUGUCGUCACCCCCACCAAGGUGCAGUUCAAAACCUACCCCGGUGUGAUGCACAGUUCCUGUCCUCAGGAGAUGAUGGCCGUGAAGGAAUUCAUCGAGAAGCUGCUGCCCCGGAUCUGAGCGGAGCCCCUCGGGACUGUGGCAGGGGAGGCUGCCGAGGUCACCGCCGCCCGUCUGUCCCUGGGACCCGCCCGCUGCCAUCGGAAGCCAUGGCCCGCACCCCGCCACACCCCGCGCCCCCUCCCGCCCUCCCGCUGCGCCCGGAGCCCGCGUGGAGCCGCCCAAGGCGAGUCUGCCAGUGGCCUUUUCUCUCCUGUCCUGGCUCCCAGCGCUUCCCGAGGGAGGGUCACCGUCCCCUCGAUCCCCUUGAGGGCCUGGCACGGCACGGGUGAGGUUUUCCUGUUGGGUUUGGGGUUUUUGUACCAGUAUUAGGGGCGGGACGUGGCCGGGGCGAGGCUGGGGCAGCCCUGGGGAUCGGAGCUCUGCCCUCGGUGCCCUCUCGGUUUGCAGUCCGAGCUCAGGAACCCGGGACUCCCCUGCGGCCGCCUGCAGCCCCGGGGCGGCUCUGCCCUGGGCUGGCACCGCCAAAGGCUGCGGGGGCCGGAGGGAGGGGCUGCAGCUCCCUCACAGCCCCGCCUGUCACACACGCACACUCCCCUCAGCCCUCGGCCUGGGCAGCUCUGCCCUCCCGAGAUAAUCACCUCCUUCCUCUGCUGCUCCUCUUGUUGCUUUUACAAUCUCCAUCUCUGCCCCGCGGGGGUCCCAGAGGCGUCUCCCCCUCCCCAGCCCAGCUCUGCACCCUCGGAGCCCCCAAGCUUCGUUUACACUCACGGAGCCACCGGCCCCGUCUUUAAUGUCUUCUCUUGCUGCUACUUGUCCUUCCCUUUGGACUUGGGCUGGCUCGGGGAGGGGGAGGUGAGCUGGGCUCCCUGCACCCCGGGUUUGGCUCCUGGUGCAGAGGGAAGGAGCAGCUUUGCUCCCAGCCAUCAUCUCACCAGCAUCUGAGCCCCGGGUGCUGCUGUGCCCCAUCCUCUGCUCCUGUCCCCCCAUGUACAAUCACCAGUGUCCCUCACCUGUGGCUUGUCCCCUCCCGAGUGCUGGCAUUGUGCUGGGGCCCCGAAUGUCUCCUCUGGGGGGGCUCCUGGCUGACCCUCCCCUCCCACAGGGCCCAGGGCAGUGGCUGUGGAGCAGCUCUGCCCUCACCCCCUCUUCCCCCGGGCUGAGCCCCACCUGAGGCUGAUCAUGGCUUUUAAAACACCCCCACGUUCCCCUGGCCCAGGGCUGGCCCUGCUUGCCCUGCCCCAGCCCCAGGGAGCCUCUGCCCCGUGCCCUGGGGGGCUCAGCCCCAGCAGUUCUGCUCCAGCCCUGCCCUUCCUGCCCGGGCUGCACAAAGCAAUAACUGCCCUCUGCAGAGAGGAGCGUGGGGCCCACCCUUGGCUGGGCUCUUGGCUUGGGGUUUCAGUUUUUGCCCCUUCUAGGAAGUCUGAAAGCAGCAGAGCUGCUGCUGGCACGGGGGGCAGCCUGGCUCUGCCCUGCCCUGGGCUCUGUCCCUGCCCUGGGCUCUGCCCUGCCCUGGCUCUGCCCUGCUGGCUCUUCUAUGCUGUGUUUUAAUGCUGCUGUGCCCCCACCCCCCACGCUCGGCUGGGGGGCAUGAGAGGGUGGCUGGGGUGGGAUGGCAGCUCCUGGGGGUCACCAGGGGCUGGCAGGGGUGGGAUGGCAGCUCCUGGGGGUGCCAAGGGCUGGUGAUGGACAGACUGACCUGUUUGACUGUGAACUGGAAGCGUGUGUGCUGGGGGGCCUGGGACCAUCCCUGUGCAGAGCAUUCCUGCUCACUCCCUGCCUGGGGGGGAGAACAGCUUCUCUCCAUUCCUCAAUACAGCUUUGGGUUUUUUUCUUUUGGUUUUUUUUGGGUUUUUGUUUUGUUGUUCUGUUUUUCUUCUCUCUCUUGUCUUCCUUGUACAUGUUUGGGGUUUUUUUUUGUGUGUGUGUGUGCGUUCCACAGAGAAUCAAGGUGAAAUAAAUCCUCAACCUGUCCUGGA